AUGUUCCUCUCCAGGUGGAAGUACAAUGCUUCAACAGCCGGAUUCGUAUACAUUCACCUAGCGCUUUGGGGGUCGUUGACUACACUUGUUUUGGCACUUUAUCUUUUCGCUGUCGGUGCGAGCGACGAGGUGCUUGUGCCUUGUGCAAUCCUCCUGAUCAUUGCUACAAGUGCUUCGUUCGCUUACAUAGCGUUUUACGAGUACCAUGCUCGAAAGCGGACGAUAAUGGUGCGAACCGAAGAAGUUUAUUCUGCUGCUAGGAAACCCGUCUAUAUCGCCAGUCGUCUUUCCAUUGCGCUCGCUAUGCUUUGGCUACUAAGCAGCGGCUGGAACAUGAUCAUUGCAGCUCGUCAGCCAAUCUGCAAGAGCGGUCAACCAACGCUGAGGUUAUGGCAAAGAGAAGGAACUUGCAUAGCGCAACGUGCAGGAGCCGCGUUCUCGAUUCUUAACCUCCUGAUAGCAUGUGCCUUGUUCGCGCACAUGUUAAGCACAAGGGAUCCUUACGGUACACAUUUGCUGGGCAAAGCACGAGAUCGCCCAAACACCGUUACGCCGUACAAAUUUUCUGCCACAUUUCGAUUAUCGAAGGGCAAGCAAGGAUUGGUGCUCAAGCGACGAAAUAGUAAUGAGUCAAAAUUAGCUGCAAAGCCUUUACCAAAAACGCCGAAUUCGACAAGACCAUCCACGCCGGCUGUUGAAACAGUUGAUCCGAUCAGCCUUCAGAUAUUGACUGCGGUCAAUCUCGCGGUAUCACCACCAACGACUCGAAGUACGCUAAGGUCCGAACUUCAACCAGCUCCAAAUCACACCCCAAAGAAACCAUCGAAUCUCAGACACAGCAACACAUCCACAGAUCAGCGUCGCGACCCAAGCAAGGAUGUGGGCACGUCUCAGGAAACCAUAGCACAGAAGGAAAUUGCACAACCUCUUCCGGCAACAACCAUCUCAAGAAUUCCUGCAAAACAGCCCCUCAGUCUUCCAACGAGCCGAUUUCGUCCGUCAUCUAAGGCGCCACUCUCAUCCCACCCUUAUCAGUCGCAAGUUCAGUCGAGAAUCACAAAGAUAGAGCCUGCAUCGCAACGUCUCGACCUGAAAGCAUCGCAAAAGCCGCUUAUUCCAAGCGAGCCCGCACACACCUACUCCCGCAAUCAUUCUCGCAACAAGUCGGCUCCGUUUCCGCCUACGGUUCCGCCUAAGGCAUGGGCAUCUCCGGGCCCUGCUGUAGCUCCGUCCCACAAGCGUGGUCAUGUCCGCUGCACAUCCGAUCCAAAUCAGAUGAUCUCUGCGCACCUUGCCGCGGAGAUGGACCGUGCAAUGCGCCUUGAGUUCAAAUUGAAAGAGCUUUCGCAGAAGGUGGAGCCGCAGUGGAUCGAUGACGCGAAUGUGGACCGUCACUCUAGCUCAUCUGCAAGAAGGGCGAGCGAUUCUGGAGACCGGAGGGGGACUACGAUGGACCUGAAGAGCUACAAGAACGACUUGGAAAAAGAAAGAUUGUAUGCAAAGAUCGAGUGGAACAUGCUCAUGGGGAAAGAAGUGAGCAUUUUGGACUAG